GCUGCAGUGUUGGUAACUCGCUCUGUUCUUGCAGUUGCCCGUCCGGUGAGUCUGAAGCGGCUGCCGCCAUGAGCUCCCCGGCCGACUCGCUGCUCAAAUACGACAACCCGGUCCUCGUCAGCACCAAAAGCGGGAGGAAGUCCCCCAAAUCCCGCACCCUGAGGCCCAUCGCCCCGGUGCCGCCCCCGCUCACCGCCCCGGUGCCCCCGCCGCCGAAGAGCCUCACGCCGGACACCAGCAGGCCCCCCGAGGAGAUCCUCGACGCCGUCCUGCCCCCCCGCCAAUGGACGGAGAGCGAGCAGGCGUGGAUCCAGCGGGUGUCGAGCGCGCCGAGUACGCGCAUGGACGUCGUCCGCGUGCAGGAGGAGCUGGACGCCAAGCUGCAGCAGAGGCAGGCGCGGGAGACCGGCAUCUGCCCCGUGCGCAGAGAGCUCUACUCCCAGUGCUUCGACGAGCUCAUCCGCCACGUGACCAUUAACUGCGCCGAGAGAGGCGUCCUGCUCCUGCGCGUGCGCGACGAGAUCAACAUGACCGUCUCGGCCUACCAGACCCUGUACGAGAGCAGCGUGGCCUUCGGGAUGAGGAAGGCCCUGCAGGCCGAGCAGGGGAAGUCCGACAUGGAGGGCCGGAUCGGACAGCUGGAGCUGGACAAGAAAGAGCUGGAGAGGCAGCUGAACGAGCAGAAGGCCAAGUGCGAGGCCACCGAGAAGCGGGAGGCCGAGCGGCGCCAGGCGGAGGAGAAGAAGCACGCCGAGGAGGUCCAGUUCCUCAAGAGAACCAACCAGCAGCUCAAGGCUCAGCUCGAGGGGAUUAUCGCCCCCAAGAAGUGAGGGGAACUGCCC